CUGAAAGCUCCAUUUUGUUUUCUAUGCACAGUCGUUUCGAAGUUUCUGGAUUACGUGGUUUUAAGACACUUAGUAGUAUUAAAGUAUUCAACAUCAAAGUAUCACAAGACCCAGGGAAGUCACUUUCACAGCACAAAGUAGGAGUUAGUAAAACAUUGCAUGCAUAAUUAUUAGUAGAGAAGGAAGAAGGAUCAAAAUCAGAGAGGAUAAACAACAACAGAAUUAAUUCCCCAUACAGGCCUUAUUCUCAACUGAAGGUUCAUGUAAUCCCUCAAGUUAUUUUUUGAUCACUCCCGAUUUCAGAAAUCCCAUGAAAGUCUAGAAAUAGCCGAAUACUGUUUCACAAAUUUUCCUCAUUUCGCAGCUCAAGCAGCCAUACAGGCUCUGUAUUAGUCCAUUUUCAUCCUUCACUGAUUAACAUUAUUUGCAAAAGAACUGGGCACUAUGUCUAAAAAUAACUUAAAAGGGUUAACCUUGUCAAUAAGGCCUGUAAGGGGAUUAUCUCUCUUACCCUUCAUGCUCUCUUGCCAAAUUAAAAUAGACUAACUUUUGAGUAAAACGCAUGAGCAAACCUCAAGUGCUUACGCUACAAAAAUUGAAUGUUGCACCCUGGUAAUAAUUUAAUACAAUUUACAAUGUAAUGAAUUUUCUUAUUUUAUACCUGCCAACCUUCCCUGAAUCAAAUGGGUCAGCUGUUUAAAUCCUGGGAUUUUCAUGACUUUCAAGUACAUCCAAAGAUUUCUCCAGUCUUAAUGAUAAAUUAUGUCCUGAAGAUUUCCAAUCUUUAAAACUGGCCGAAAAUAAUGAUGAACUCCAGGCAAAAGUUAACAUUUUGCAUCCAAUGUUCUUACUGUUCAAAGAGUUGCUCAAAGAGUAACUGAGUACUUGGUUUACAAUAUUAUUACCUGUGAGAUGGCAUGAGUUUAAAGAUGAAGACUCAUGUAACAAAUGAGAGUUGGCAGGUAUGCAAUUCCCAGGAGAAUUUUUUUUUGAGUCUACUGAAGGAGCAAGAAAAACUCAAUUUGGAAGUAACGUUUUUUUGUACAUGUAUUUAUUAAGUCUAAUGAUCUAAUUUCAUAUUCAUGACCAUUCAUAAAGAAGUACAAUAGAACAUGUGAUUUAACAGCAGUACAGUUUGAAUUGUAUGAUCACUAAACAGUGAUAUGAUUCAUCUUUGUGUAGAUAGACUGUAUUGUGGAUGAUAUAACUAAGUUGCUCACGUGUGUUACCCAUGUUUGUAUUACCAUCGUAAUAAUGUAUUUCCACUGGUCCUGGUUAGUGGUUUUCAACCAGUGACCACCAUAACAUACAUAUACAUGGAGUAUCUUGUUUAUUAUUUUCACAAAAUUAAAUUGAUCUGAUGCAGUGCUUUGAAACAUUGUUGUCACAUCUAGCUAUCAAAUUUACAGAAUUCUGUACAUCACAGACAAUAGAUCUGUGGCUGCUUAAUACGUGGUAUUGCGUAUAACGCGGCUAUAAACUUCAAGACAGUCUCAUUCAUGUAGACUAAAAUUUAUUUUUCUGAAGUCCUCUAGUUUUCUGUAUGAAUGCACAUUUUCUAUCUUUUUUAAUGAAAUUCUUGUUAGCGCAAGACUACAUUGUUGAGUUAGUAAGCUCAGGAACAGUAAACUCAAGAGAACUAUGAUAUAGAGAAGUAUUUCUGCUCAUCUGCAUGCUUCUCACUUUGCAAGUGACAGUGCUUGUCAAAUAUAUGAUUGUGUAACUUAACAAAGCACAGGGAGCAAUUUUUUAAAAUCUCCUUAAAAUGUUCAAGAAAAAUGUGUUGAGCAUUCCAACGGGAAAUGCACAAAAUAAAAGAAUAUCAGAAUAACUGAGUGGAGUUUAAUGUCAUUGUGUUUUUUAUUUAUUUUGAUUUCAAAAUUAACAUAAACAAUACAAAGUGAUUUUUCAAUGUCAUACUGGCAUCGUUUUAAAGUUUUAAAAUUGCAAUUUGAUUGAUAGAGGUUAUGGGAGGCAUGGUGGCCUCCUGGUUUGUGUACUUGCCCCCGGAUAGAGCAGCCCAACUCUACAAGGUCUAUAUGGGGAGGCACUACCCUGAGGUCCAACCCCUUACCUUUUGUAUACCAUUUUGACAGAAAGGUAGUCCUUUCGUAUACCUUUAAUUGAAAAAGCUACCCCUUUUACAUACAUUAUAACUGGCUCGAGUUAUGAAUAACACAACAUAGAAACAUUCCGUCUUUGCCCCCUCGCGAGGUCUUAAUUCAGUACAGGAGGCGUACCUUGAGUGAGUUAAUACAGCAAAUGAGCAAUGGAAUUGAAAACGAUUGCAUUUCUUUCCGAUCUGUGAGAUCCGAAUAUUUUUCAAGAUGGCGGACAAGUGCUGGGCGUUCUUCGCAUGACAUUGGCCAUAGUACAAGUACCUCCUGAACAUGAAUUCACUACUGCAACUACACCUCUGGCGCGAGAGGGAGAUUGCGUGUAAUCUGUGUUAUAUUUGAGGGAUGUGGUCAAUUGGGCAGUUAACCCCCAAAAAACUUGUGCACAGGAUAAUUUAUUAUGGACAGUAAAGCAGCAAAAAGAGUCGUGCUCGACAAAGCAAAGGAAGACUUCCGGAGCCGGAAACGGCACCCUUCCGGGGGUCUCCCGGGGCAGAAAAUGUUCCAGUAGGCGAUCACCAGUCAGCGGUUGUCAAUAAAAGUGUGAUUUUGGCGCGAAAGAGGCGCGAAGAAGUCAAAAUGGCGGAUACAGAAGGUUCUCAGAACAGUCAGAAAUCUUCCCAGUUUAGUCAAUCAGAUCUCCCUGAACUUCUGAAUCAGUACUAUAAAAGGUUAUUUCCCUACAAAUAUUUCGUCCAGUGGCUGUCGUAUGGAGGAGUACCCAAGACAUAUUUUGUCCACCGAGAAUUCUCUUUCACGCUGAAAGACGAUGUUUACUUGCGGUAUCAAUCGUUUGCGGAUCAGCAAGAACUGGAGAAGGAAAUAUUGAAACGAAACCCGUACAAAAUUGACAUCGGAGCUGUAUUCACGCAUAAGCCAAAAGAUCACAAGAUGAUUAAACCUGGAGCCUUUCAGGCUGAAGAAAAGGAACUGGUAUUUGAUAUUGACAUGACAGAUUAUGAUGAAGUGAGGACAUGCUGCAAGUAUACGGUAACCUUAAAGUUUCCAUUAUUUUGCCCUGUAGGGGAUUUUGGUUUCAAACACAGACUUUGGGUCUACAGUGGUCGCCGUGGUGUCCACUGCUGGGUGUGUGAUGAGACUGCUAGAAAACUUUCCCAGAAUGCUCGUUCAGCUGUUGCAGAGUAUCUCAGUGUAAUUAAGGGUGGAGAAAAUCAAAUCAAGAAAGUGAAUCUGCGUUCAUCGUACCAUCCAUAUAUCAGAAAAUCAUUAGAAAUUCUCAAAGCCCACUUUGUGGACCUCGUAAUUGAGAAACAGGACAUUUUGUCCUGCAAAGAAAGAUGGGAUGGAAUGCUUGCUCUUAUUCCUGAUACCGCAAGAAAUGAGCUGAACUCAUCAUGGUCCAAAACAAAGAAGAGCUCAAGAGAAAGAUGGGAUGAGCUUGAGGCUAAACUGGACAAUAGUCAGAGACCUGAAACAAAAGAUGAGAUCAUGUUUCAGUACUGUUUCCCUCGUCUUGAUGUCAACGUCACCAAAGGACUUAAUCACUUACUCAAAAGUCCUNGGGUUUGUGUACCAAUCAGCAUGAAUGAUGUAGACACCUUUGAUCCAUUCACUGUUCCAACUGUAAGUCAACUUUGUGAUGAGAUUGAUAAACAUGAAAAGAAUUCCCAAGACAUGAUUGAAGAAGAGAAGAAAAAGAUUCCAGCUUUCAGGAAAACCUCCUUAGUGAAGCCUAUUGGAGUCUUUGUACAGUUUUUGAAAGGUCUUGAAGGUGAAAAUGACAACAGACGAAAGAGUUUCAGGGAAACUGAAGAAAAGAAAGGAGAAUGGUAAAGAAAAAUGGAGGCAAAAAAAUGAAUGCGGAUGUAGAAAUGUUCAACACCAUUUUUUAUGACGGAAAAUUCCUGAAAUUGGCAAGAAUUCUGAGCAGCUUAGGACAGUAAAACGAACAAUUCUGUCAUAAAACCUUUUGUGUAAAUAAAUAACAGUUUUCACAUUUCUUUAUUGUUUUGUAAUGUAGCUAGAGCUUAUUUGGAGUUUGCAUCUUGACUACAAGAGGCAUUUGUUACACUCCAGUCCGAUCAAACGUUCUUUUUGGAUUUGUUCUCACAGUUCAUAAGCACAUUAAAAGUUCUUUUCCGCUU